AAGAUGGCGGCCAAAAUGGCGGCAUUUAUGUGUAGAAAUUGUAGCAGACUUUGGGGAUCAUUUGCACCCGUUUCUCUCACCCAGAGAUUUGUGUUUGGGCGAUUUCUCGCACAGAGGUAGGUCAAGUUAUAAAUGAUAAAUGCAAAACACUAAAGCCCUGGAAGACAGGACUCACCCUAACCUGUCCUGACCCACACCGCAUUGCUGGGUUACCUCGGUGUAAGAAGCGGUGAACUUUUUCUUUGUUUUUUACCUCUUGUUUUUCUAGGUUUUAUUGUGUUGACUUCUUUGUUUUCUUUGCUUUACGUCACCGGUGAGUUUAAAAGGUUCUUACACCAAGGAUAAGUCGCACUGCUCAAGUCAGUACCCCAUUUUAUCACUAAAAUUGUACAGUAAGUUCUCUCCCGUGACAACAUCGUGAUGCAAAUGCGGAGUGGAGAAAGGUUCUAAAUGUAAACCUUUGAAAGGAAAUAACUAGAGAUGCAUGUACGAUGUACGUCCAGUACUCAUAACAGCAAGAUCCCCCCCGGUGUGGGGUGGGGGGGUGACUCGGGAAUUCUUGUUGGGGUUGUGCGGCCUAAAUCCUGACCCUAUUUCAGACCAAAAAAUUUAUUUUUCAACACCUGUUUUUAGAAAUCGCCUCUUGAUACCUGUCACCUUUUUUUGAGUGACGUUUUCUGUCCAAGGGGUGUUAGGAUUUUUAGGGGGACCCGGAAGUGAAAGGAGACCCCAAAGGAAAAAUCACUAAUAGAAGAAUCCACAUAUUAAAGAUACAAUGAUUUGCUUUAUUCUGAAUUUUGCUCUCUACAAACAAGUUUUCUAUAUGUACAUGUAUUAGGUGCCCGCAGAUUGUGCCACAGUGUUAUUGCAUUCCAUCACUUUCAGAACUUUCUUUGCUACGGUACUAAAUAUUAUCUUUAGGCAUCAUUCUGGUUGAGUUUUUGGGGUUGAUAUUUUUCAAAAUCGAAAAGAUUCUGUGAUUUCAAUCUACAUUUCACUGACCAGUCUUUUUGAUAAUAUUCUUUAGGUAUCUAUGCAGCACUGCAGCAGAGUUUAAAGAGACACCAGAAUCCACUGAAGCAAUGAAAUAUAAUGAAACAACAUGUACUGCAAACAAAAAUGCUGAUCCUGCGUUACCACAUAUGCUUCAAAGAAAAGGUAUGGGAACUCCGGUCAUUGAAGAAAAUAAAGAAGGUAAGGAUGUGACAAAAUAUUGUUCAUGCAUGAGAGAUUUUCUUUAAAAUUCCCUUAAAGGAGCUGUGUCAUGAAAUUCAGCCAAAUUAGGUAAUUACAAAAUCCCUGUUAAAUUAAGAAAAAUGUGAAAAUAACUGCUUAAAACGUUAAAGGAAAGUUAAAAUAACACAACAGAUACAACAGAUGCCACGGAUGGGCAAAACUGAAGAAGAUUGAAACGGAUUGUAAUUAGGGCUUUUGAAAACUGUUCAGCCUAACAGUUUUUCAAAGUUGAUCUCUGCUGUUUGCAACUUCAAAAAUAAUGCUCAGGAGACAUAUUUGUUUGUCUUGAAUCUCUGAUUUUGUCAUUUCCUUGUAAUUUCUUUGCUCACUUUAAGUUCCAUAGCGAUUGAGGGCAAGUAAUUGGCAAAAUAAAACAAAAUGAACUGGACUGCCAUGACACAGCCCCUUUAAAGACGGUUGCUCCAUGUACAGUUAAAUCUCUUGUAUGGGAGCACCUGAAAUCUCAAGAUCACGUGGUCACCUUUGGGAGAUGGUAACUUACAGAAUUAGCAAGCGGAAACAGCCAUCAUUUCACGACAAUACCACCACCGGUUUGUCUACAAGAUGAAGUCUGAGGAAUGAGUGCAGAAAUUCCAUACUGAUGACCACAUUACCUAGAUGGAACUAGUGCUUCUAAUUGGUUGAAGCAAUCUUGCUACAUUGUACGUCCAAUGAGGAGCACUAUCCAGAUCUGUGUAGUGUUACAUUAUUAGUAUGAAUUUCUGCGUUUGUUCCUCAGAUGUCAGUUCAUGGGGAAAUACUACUGAGAUCUUUAAAGAAAUCAUGAGUGACCAUGUGUUUUUCAUUGAUAGUAGUGAUUAUCAAAUUAUUAGAAAUAGGAACUUGAGAUAAUACUUACAGUGCAACCGGAAAAACCGUGAACACUUGAAAUAUUUCAGAAAUGUUUACUGUGUUAUGACCAAUCACAGCAAAGACGAGAAAAUGUAAACUAGCCACAAAACCACAAACUAAUUAACAUUUUAGCUUGCAGUCUAGUUUUCUUGUAACACAAUAACAUUCCAGAAAUAUUUCUGGUGUUCAUGGUUUUCCCUGUUUGGCUGUAAAAGAGUUGAAAUGAAUGAGUUGAAGUUGAAACUAAGUUUCUACAACUUUAUUUUUAUGGUGUGGAAAAGGUUUGCAUAGUAACAGAAGAGACAUCAACGUUUGUGGGUUCAAUCCCCCUUUAUUGGUCAGGCCAUAAGACAAUUCAAGGCCUGAAAUUUUCAAGACAUAAGACAAUUUUAAAGGGUUGAAAGAUCUUUAGUUCAGUGAUAUGAUUUGCCACACCCAUAAUUCGAAUGUAACAAGACAGAUGAUCAUAACAAAAUGAUAAUAGAUCUGACAUUUCGAGGGCAAAAGUUUUCCUCAUUGCUGUGCCUUAAUUUGACAAUGUAUUGCCUCCAGUCCACCCUGAAGUUGCAGAAAUCCUACGGAAGUCUAAACCGCAAAAGGUUGGAGAUAAAUGGCAUAAGCCCAAGAUCAGUGCUAGAAGAUUGGCAGAUUUGAGUAAACAAUAUAUGGCUAAAGGUUAUUACUGGCCUGAGAAACCCAUGGUGGAUAGGGGUCUGGACAGAAUGCCGAAAGGACAUAAGUACGAGAAAAGAAAGGAAGAAAGGUGUGUGACUAUUUUGUCAUUUUACAUAUAAAGCCUUUAUUCCUGUCACUCCCGGAGCUUAUCAUCAAAACCUAUAAUGUAGUUCUCACUUUUGAAUCUGUACAAAACUAAGAGAUGUGACCAUUCAAAUGAAACCUCUUCAGCAGUACCUUUUAGUUUCUAGCUUGGUACCACUUGAGGGUUUUAUGCACUUUCACUGUUUUGGCUUUAGAGUCUGAAGGUGAAAUCCUAUGGAACAUGUAUAACAACUCAAAUGAAACUUCUUCAGUAGUUACUACGUUCAUGCGAUACUAUUCAUCUGUAAAGUAAAAAUUGAGACUUGUGGCCGUCUUAGGAGUGAAAAGUUCAGCCAGGCUAUCCUUUACGCAGUUUUACCUUGGUGGUUUGACCCCAGUUUUCAUUCCAAAAUUUAAAAACAGAUGGACUCAGCUGAACAUCAAAAGUAAAUUAGCUUCUUGCUGUUUGCCAUAAUUACUAUACCCUAACUUCCUUUAGCCUGCAUUUCAGGUGCUUUCUUUGGGUGCGCAAAUAACUGCCGUGUUAGAUUCGAAAAAAGUGUUGAGUAGUUUGGGCAAGUCAAAGGGAUGGUGUAAUCCUUCUUAGUGAUAAAAUAAAAAAUGCACCCACUCAUUAUGAACAUAAACAAGCAGCUCUCACCCACUCAAGAAUUAUGCCUGCAGGCUAAAGCUGCUUGGAAACUCUACCCCAGAUUCACAGGGGCUAGCAGCACCCCACACACCUAGCCUGUGCUUAGGCUUAAUUCUCGCUAUCCCCCGAGUGUGGUCUUUGAUGCUCCCUGAAGAGGCGAUGAGGGGAUUUCGGGGGGUUGAUGACUUGCCCAAACAGUGGCUGGUAAUCAAGUGCAGCCUGUGGCAGGCUCUCCAUUUUGGUGGGAGGGGACUAAAAUUGGCGAGGGAAAAAAUAGAAGAGGGUAAGUGGGGGAUUGAGGAUAGCCCUUGCUCGCCUAUUUCCCACCCCCUCCCCCCCCCCCUUCCAUUUUCACCACCUAAUGCAGAGGUUCUAAUAUUGACCUUUCUACUGACAACAUUUCAGGUUGGCUAAGAUUGAGGAGAACAUGAAGAACAUGCCGAAAAUUAUUGAGGAUUAUCGUAAAAGGAUGCAUGAGCUCAGGGCAAAACGAAAAGAAGAAAAAGAGCAAGCAAAACUUAAAGCACUUGAGGCACAAAGACUUGGACUUAACUUACGUGAUCCACGAGCUUUGCAGAUAUUAGGUGGACAGGAGAAGAAAUCUAAUAAGAAAAAGUUCCAAAAAAAGACGUGAUAAAAAGCGAAUUUCGUUAUUCUAGUAAAAAAGUUGUGGUUGUUUUCCUUUUGAAAAGUGCACUGUGAUCAUUUGCGAAAACGCCAUCUGCUCCACGAGUGCCUGAAAUUUAGUCCAAGAAUAAAGGAAACUCAUGUGAAAUACGUGCAGGCUAGAGUGUGCAGCAUUAAAACAAAAUUUACAAUAAAUAGAAAACAAUUAC